AUGCUUAAGAUAGGAAUCUUUCACAAUUCUUGUUCCAUUCUAAGGCCGCACACAUCUUUCUUUCUUCCUUCCGCGGUCGGGUACUCCGAUUUAACCUCGCCGCCGCGACUCAUCCGAGAGCUGGCGAAGCCCGAGGCGUUGAUGAACUGGUUCGGCUGGAUUUCGAAAUAUGGAAUGGCAAUCGUGAUUCUCGCUUCAGCUGAGCCUCACCUUUCCAUUUACCCUGCUCUCCACACAAUGACAUCCUACUCUCCACGCGAUCGCCCAGCAGAGAAGGACCUGAAGGAGCUCACGGACGAGAGCAACGGCAGACUGCCAGACCGCAUCCAGGUUAUUUACGAUGCAUACCUUUUCCUACAGGAAGGGCUGAUGCCAAUCCCUCAACACAUGGCAAAGCUUGGUACUGUAUUCAGACACAAAGUGCUGCCGAAACCAUACACAGAUGCCAUCGCUCGUAUUGCGGUGAAGAAUCGAGUAGCACUCGGGGACUACGCCAUCCGCCUUAUGUUACAGCCAUACUCCGCAGCCGACAAGAAGAAGAUUAAGGAGGCAGGCGUCGACAUAGACCAAUUGCCAACACAGGCGACCUCCCGAAGACGAUGAGCGCG